CGGGGCAAGGAGGCUAGGGCCGCGCUGGUUGCUGAGGUUGCGGCUACACCGCCGCCCUCUGCUUGGCCCGUCUGUUCGUCUGUCUGUCUGUGCUGCCAUGGCCUCCCGGGCGUCCUCUCCGUGGACUGUAUUGGUGCUGCUGUUGUUGCUGCGGCCGCCUCCGGGUGCCCACGGUGAGAGCUGCAGGCCUUUUGGUAAAGACAGCCUGAUCCCAGAGUCCUGUCCUGAUUUCUGCUGCGGUUCCUGUUCCAACCAAUACUGCUGCUCUGACGCACUGAAGAAAAUUCAGUGGAAUGAGGAAAUGUGUACCGAGCCAGAGUCCAGCAGAUUUUCCACCCACCUGGAGCCACUGGAGCCGCUGGGCUCGGCGCUGAAGUUUCGAUCCAGUUUCGACAGUGACCCCAUGUCAGGGUUUGGAGCGACUGUCGCCAUCGGCCUUACCAUCUUUGUGGUGUUUAUCGCCACCAUCAUCAUAUGCUUUACCUGCUCCUGCUGCUGUCUGUAUAAGAUGUGCCGCCGCCCACGCCCUGUCGUGACCAACACCACAACUACUACUGUGGUUCACACCCCUUACCCUCAGCCUCCAAGUGUGGCCCCCAGCUACCCUGGACCAGGGUACCAGGGCUACCACCCCAUGCCCCCCCAGCCAGGAAUGCCAGCAGCACCUUACCCGACACAGUACCCACCACCCUACCUGGCCCAGCCCACGGGACCCCCAGCCUAUCAUGAGACCCUGGCCGGAGGUCCAGCCGCACCCUAUUCUGCCAGCCAGCCUCCAUACAACCCGGCCUACAUGGAUCCCCAAAAAGCAGUCCCCUGAGCCUGCGCUCAACCUCUUUGGGUGCCAUUUGAUUAUGUCGUGUGUGAGUGUGUGGUAUGCGGAGUUCUUUACUGCUGUCUUUGGUGUGUGUGCACCCUGUCUAGACAUGUGGCCGCCUCUGCUGCUGACCAGGUAGGCACAGAUCCUUACCAGUUUGGGUCAGGACCAACCUGUUUUCUUCCUCACUUGAAAUUAUACUUUCUGAGCCAGGCUUGGCAGCACAUGCCUGUAAUCCCAGCAUUCUGGGGGGAGGCAGAGGCAGGCGGAUCGCUGUGAGUUCGAGGCCAGCCUGAUCUACAAAGUGAGUCCAGGACAGCCAAGGCUACACAGAAAAACCCUGCCUCGGAAAACCAAAACCCAAACCAAACAAAAAACACCCAGAAAUUAUGCUUUUUGAAAUCUCAAGUAAAUUAAACACAGUGGGGU